AGGGGGAGUAGCCGAGAGCGAGGAGCAAAAACAUCACAGCGCAUUCCUGGGUUAGUCCUCAGCUGCCAGCAUCUGAUUAAAACCAUAUCUCUGGCUGUGAGUGGCUGGCGGACCCGAAGGCGAGGGGGCAACCCAAUAUUUAACCGGACUGCCGUCCCCGGCCGGGCCACGGCUGCGCCCUCGGACAUGCACGGAGCAGCUCGCGUCUAGCCCAUUUUUCUCUCCUAUUGAUGUCUGCUGAGGAACUUUACACUCCAAGGCACUUGUGUGACCUGCUGGGUUAACCCUGCUCUUGGGAAUGUUUGUGGACUUCAUUCAGCAAAGCAAGCAAUAGAAGUGCAGCUGGCAGUGCUGAAGGACAAUGAAGCAAAAUAUCUAUAAAGAGCUUUAAAUGGUAAAACGCUAAAGGUUAACAGAUUGAAACAGUGAUGCAAGUACAGCCUGUGGAUGUAGGUCAGUGUGCUCUACUGAUUAAGUAUUACUGAGCAAGCAUCACUGACCACCAUCUCAUCAUGUCUACUGAAGCUGAAACUAUGACUGUCAACAGCCAGCCUGAGCAACAGGCUCCACCAAAAGCACAAGCUUCAAAGAAGGAAAAAAAGAAAGGACCAGAAAAGACAGAUGAGUCUCUCUUGGCUAGAUUCAAAGGUGAUGGUGUGAGAUACAAAGCUAAACUGAUUGGCAUCGAUGAUGUCCCAGAGGCAAGAGGAGACAAAAUGAGUCAAGAUUCGAUGAUGAAGCUGAAGGGAAUGGCAGUGGCAGCCCGCUCCCAGGGUCAACACAAACAGAGGAUCUGGGUGAACAUCUCUCUUUCUGGUAUCAAGAUAAUAGAUGAGAAAACUGGGGUCAUAGAACAUGAGCAUCCAGUAAACAAAAUCUCCUUUAUUGCUCGGGAUGUAACAGACAAUCGUGCCUUUGGCUAUAUAUGUGGAGGAGAAGGCCAGCACCAAUUUUUUGCGAUAAAAACAGCACAACAGGCUGAACCUCUAGUUGUUGAUCUUAAGGACCUCUUCCAACUAAUAUAUAACAUGAAGAAGAAAGAUGAAAAGAAAAAGAGUGAAGAAGCACGUAAGACCAAGAAUGGUAGCGAAGCACUACCUGCUCAUCAAGCUGAAAAAAUGAAACUGGGAGUUGACCAGAUGAACUUGUUUGGGGAUAUGUCAACACCUCCUGAUAUGAGCAGUCCCACAGAAGCUAAAGAAAUUCUAUUAGUGGAUCUAAAUUCUGAAAUUGAGACCAAACAGACUUUUACAAAAGAGGAUCUCUUCUUGAAUGGCAUCACAACCUCUCUUCCACAACCAAAGCCACAGCCACUCUUCUUGCCCGAGAGUUCUUUCUCUACCAAUCUCAGCUUCUUUCCCACACCUAAUCCAGACCCUUUCAGUGAUGAUCCUUUUGCACAGCCAGACCAAUCUGCACCACCUUCACUUGAUUCUCUAAAAUCUGCUGAUCAGAAGAAGGAAAGUCUGAGUACCUUGACACCGGUGGGUAAUGGUGCUUCAAAUGGUGAUAUUGACUACUUUGGUAAAGAGUUUGACCAGAUUUCUAAUAGAACUGGCAAACAAGAAGUACUAACAAGUCAGUGGCUACCUGAGAGUAAGUCGCCUACAUCAAGAACUCCAAAUGGGGUACCAGAGAAAGAACAGAAUGGCUUUCUUAAAGCCUCAUCAAACCUGUUUGUGGAAGGUCCUUCCAAAGGAGUAUCUCUGCAGAAUGGACUAAAGCUGGAUUCAGAAAGCAAUAUCCAGCUCAUGUCACAUGAGUCUAUAACAAUUAGCCCACCACCACAAAGUACCAAGCCAGGAAGAGGAAGGAGGUCUGUCAAGACUGCAUCCAAUGACCUAUUUAGCUCAGGCCUCUUUGUGCCAACUACAGGGAGCCCUACUUUGACCUCAGUGGCACAAACAGGAGCUGUGCCAACUAGUCCACUGGACCUCUUCAAAACGAGUUCUACCACAGCACCUCCUUUGGCUGGUCUAGGUGGCUUGCCAGUAACUUCAUGGAGUGCACAGACACCUGCCUUCACUCAGGAUUCAUCAGUCUUUCCUGGGUCUAUGAUGCCUGCUCAGCCUACAGGAUUUAAUCAACCACUUGCCUUUGGUACUCAAGCAGUGCCAAGCUGGAACCAGCCUGCAGCUUUUAGUUCAACAGCCCCUCAGUCCUCUGGUCUCUGGGGACAGGUGGCACAAGUUCUACCUGGUACAUGGGUGCAGCCAUCCAGUGCUGUAAAUCCCUUCCAGAGUAGUGUGUUCCCACCAUCAACACAAGCUGCUCAGACAUCAUCUGUACUGCCCUCUGUGUCAACAACUACUAGCCCACCUCAGCCACCACCUAGAACUGCACCUCAGAAGGAGCUAUCCAAGAAAGAGAGCGAUGCUUUUAUUGCUCUGGAUCCACUUGGGGAUAAAGAGAUGAAGGAUGUCAAGGAAAUGUUCAAAGACUUCCAGCUGACCAAACCACCUGCAGUACCAGCAAGGAGAGGAGAACAGCAAAACAUUCCAGAACCACCAAAGCCUGUUCCCCGACAAAGUGUGGUAACAGCUGAUGGCCUGUUUGAAAGUCAAGCUACGACAGACCUUUUCAGUGCCUCAUCUAAAGAAUCUCAGAAACCACCUUCUGGCCCUUUUGGUGAUUCUUUUGGCAACCCAUUUGCAUAGAUCAGGCGUAACCAGAAAAAGACAAUGGAAUUACUGGACCUCUUCUCAACACGAUUUUUCUACUUGUUUCAAUUUGUCUGCCACUCUUGCUACAGUUCCAUGAUGUCUGUAAUCUAAAACAUGUCCAAGUGGAUUGAAACGGGAACCCUCAAAGAACAUGCUGUGAAGAUGAUAAUUCAGGGUAAAGCAAAUGGAGAAUUGUACUCAUGCUGGAGACUUAAAUUCAAAGUGGUGGAUGUUAAUUUUACUUUAGUUCUUUGCAGUCUUCCACAGAAGAGCUUAGCAAUACUAAGUCUUAUGCCUUGUGAAAUAUGGUCACUACAAUUCCUCUUUCUGUAGCAUUUAGUUCCUUUAUUUUAGGACAGUGAAUGUACCUGAGGAUGAAGCCUUACCUUCACAAAAGGGAACUGAGUUAGUAGGUAAAACUCAAGACUUUAAACAACUAGGUCCAUUGCUUGUUAUCACAAUGGCAGCCAGUUGUAAAGUUAAGUGGACACUACUCGGUUCUGAUUGGUGAGUGGGCAUAUGACUUGGUCUUUUAGCCACAAAGAUGUUAGCUGUGUGGUAGCAGGAAAAAUCCAAUACUUGUCUAUUUAACUAAUGGUAAAAUUAUCAUUCCACCGUAAAUCUGUAAUAAAGGGACUGUGGGGUCUGUAACAGAACUGCUGAGGUCCUGAGUUCUAGACGCUUACACUGUAGGGACAGAUAAGCUGAAACACUCCCUGCAGAACACGGGGAUAGUUAUGGACACUAACUGUUGUCUUGGUGCUAAUAUGGGUUUUUUCAGGGAGGGAAAUCUACUAGGAUUACUUUUUUUAAGGUGGCUUGGCAGACAAAUGGAACAAGCAGAUGGGCUUCUUGCAUAUAUCUCAGUGAAUGUCCCUGAUGUUACUCAUUUUGGGUUGUCACAUGGUGUAGUGUGGCAUGUUUCCAGUCUAUUAAAGUAAAAAAGACAAUCGUGGCUUCACUCCAUGCCUAGAUUCCUUGUGAACAGAUGCACCACUUCUGUCGCCAUUAAUGUGAGGCAGUUCUCCAUCUCUUGAAAACUGUGCCUUUUCUAAAGAACCUCUUUACUAACAGAUCUCUAAAUCAGUUGGUUAUAACUGACUGUAACAGCUACAUUCUGGGCCAGUGGUAAUGGCUGAUGUGUCAGACGUUUUUCUGUUAAUGCUAAGUACAAACUUGAAAUAGUAUCGGUAAAUCAAAUGUCUUAAGCUGUUCCUGAACUGGAGAGCUAAUAAGGACAGCCUGAAUACAGCUUUAGUACCCAAUUCAGUCAUGCAAUUAGUCUUGUAUAUAAAAACAUCUCUUGCACUUUCUGUAAUGCAAAAAAAAAAAAAAAGAAUUUAAAUAUUUGUCUCAAACUGGAAAUAUGGAAGUUACAGAUGUUACACUGUUAAAUAAAAUUGUAGUAUCUCAAGUAAUUGUUACCUAAUGACAUUAAAAAGAAGCAACUCUUCAUAACAAACAUCAGUGUGGCUGUUGAUUCUGUCCUCUCUAACUCAAUCUUUUGGUCUAAUUGACACUAGGAGCACCGAGCCUGCUAAGAAUUAUUUCUUAAAUGUUCUUAAAAUAGCUGUCUUGAUAGGAAGGUCUUAAGUCUUCCUGUACCUUCUUGCAUUAAGCCUGUUCAACAAGUGUUGUCCCUCAGUAAGAAAUAAAAUCCUCAGCUGACUUAGUAAAGUGUCCUUAGAAGCUCAUCUCAUUAUCUGCUCGGCCCGAAUUUGCUACUGCUAAAGGUGCUUUUUUACUUCCUUCUGCAGGACUGUAAAAGCUAGGUACCCAAAUUGUAUUGCAUCCAGAAAUUCCAUUAAUUUGUCUAUUACAGAUUUGCAGGAGGUCUAAACUAAUGCUGGUAAAACUAAAUUAGAACAUUUGGCUCACGUUCAGAAAAGAUUUUACAGCUCCUGUAAUGCAGGUAGCUAAAAAGAAUAAAUCCUUUAGAAAGUUACUGGUUUAGACUAGCCUUUAAUAUUGGAGACAGACCUGUAAACUGUCAGCCUGGUGUAGCACUGAAUAAAUAGAAAGGGUGAUUGCUUGCCUACUUCUAAUACCAUUUGAUUGGUACGGUUAAGAGAUUGAAAACAACUCAUUGGAAAGCUGCUGGUAUACAGCCUGAAAUAUAGGACUUACAGUGCUUCACAGAGAAUCACUGCAGUGGGAAGGAGUGACUUUUUUUGGCUGCAUGGCAACAUGUAAUUUCAUACUCAAAUACCAUUAGAACUAAAAGAAAAAAAAUAUGACUGUAUUGGUGAUUGAGUGAAGAAAUGUUUACCAGCAUUUUAAUUAAGCAUUUAAAUGACUGAUAGCUUGGUCAAGCUAAAAUUAACAGUUCUACUGUGCUGAAGUUUUGAAAUAGCUGUCAGGAGAAUCUCUAAGAGAUGGUUAACAGGACCUCUUACAGGCUGGCCAAAGAUGCCUGCUGGUCUGCUAGCUUAUCAUAAAUAGGUGUUUAAUCUCAUUUAGCCUUUGUCUUGAAGAAUCAUGAACUGUAGUGUUGUAUAUACCAUCCAUUGAAGCAGAUUCCAUGAAACAAUACAAUAUUACAAGUGCUUGUCUUGGGAAAAACUCAUUUGUUGAGUGAAUGCAACUGGUUUUAUGAAAAUGGACUGUUUUGGCUUGACAUUUGAGUUCCUCUAAAUGAAAUUAUCCCAAAUGAAUAAUAAUGCUUGCCCUAUUCCAUACUCUCCUCUCCCGUGCCACAAAAAGGGAGGAACAUAAAAAAUUGAAGGUAAGUUUUUUUGGGCUUGGUUUUUGUUUGGGUUUUUUUUUACUUCCCCAUAGUAAUUUGGAUUAUUCUUAUACUAGAUAGUUAUUUUAAGCUUCCAUUGAAAUACUUAAUUCUUAACUGCUAAACAGCAGGCUAUUUAUGGGUCACUUUGUUCUUGUGACUGUCCAACGCAUGAUGCCUUAAAUCUGGAUUACAGCAAACUGCUGAAUAGGAAUGCCUUUCUAAAAAGCUUGUGGUUUGUAUUUUGGUGACAGAGUGAAAGCUAGAAGAGUUUUAUGCUCCAUCAAAACCACAAAAAGAAAAAAGUGUGGUAUUCUGUAUUGGCAAGGAGAGGAAGGAAAAGGAAUCUUAGGACUUUAUUCCUCUAGUGCUCCAAAUGAAGAUUCCAAAGAUGCUAGACACUGAGCCUGCUCUUGUAAAGAGCUCUGCUUUAGAAACUAUUUGUUCCUUACAUGAGUCACUGCUAUGACAGCUUUUUACUAGGAAGUUAAUUGUUCUGUAAUUAAACAGAAAAUGUCUUUGCCAUAUUUAAAAGGUCCUAGUAAACUAAAGUGGAUUGGUUUUAGUCUUUGAAACUACUUUACGCUAUUUCCCAGUCUCCACACAGGAAAAAAAUGGAAUUUUCUGAAAAGUGGACUUUAGAGCAUUUACUAUAAAUCAGUUUU